AUGGGAAACUUUACCGGAACACCAGGUUUAAAAAGAAAUUAUUCCAACAAGAAAAAUGUUAUAAAAUAUUGCGAAAAUAAGAUUGUUCAAAAUUUUAUUCUCAUUUGGUUAGAUUCAAGCAUUGGUCAAUUGCAAAAAGAUUGCCAGUACACGAUUUCUGAACUACAUAAAGUUUUUAAUUCAAUUACAUUAUUUACUGAUUUGGACGCAUGUCGUGAAUUCAUUGAAAAGAAAAGGGAUGAACAAAUAUUCCUUAUUGUAUCUGGAAAACUCGGAGAAAAACUAGUACCACUUGUUCAUAAAUAUGUUCGACUCGAUUCCAUAUAUAUAUUUUGCGGCCAACCAACGCUCCACAAAUGGACAAAACAAUGGGAAAAGAUAAAACUUGUUCAUAAUCAAAUUGAACCUAUCUGUCAAUCAAUUGUAUGUGAUGCUGCGCAAUGUGAACAAGAUUUAAUUCCAACAAGUAUUCUGUCAUCGAACGAUUCUUCGAAUCAAGAUUUACAACAAGUUAAUUCAUCAUUUAUGUAUUCACAAUUGAUAAAAGACAUUCUACUAGAAAUGACCUACGAUAAACAAGCAAUAAGCGAGCUUGCUGAUUUUUGUCGAAAAAGUUACCGUCAUAAUUUAGAUCAAUUAAAAAUUAUUGAUGAAUUCGAACGAGAUUAUGACAAGCAUUCACCCAUAUGGUGGUAUACUCGUGAGUGUUUUGCUUAUAAAAUGCUCAAUCGUAGUUUGAGAACUUUUGAUAUUGAUGUUAUUGCUAUCAUGGGCUUCUUUAUGAAAGAUAUUCAUCAACAGAUCCAACAAAUAUAUUCAGCAAGAUCCAGUUCAAUGGGAUCAUUUAUCGUUUAUCGAGGUCAAGGAAUGCUUGAUGACGAAUUUAUUGGAAUACGUAAUAAUAUUGGAGGUCUACUUGCAUUCAAUAGUUUUCUUUCUACGAGUGAUGAUUUAAAUGUUGCUAUGAAAUUUGCACGAAGAUCUGUAGGUCGACCUGGCAAAACUUCUGUUCUAUUUAAUAUGGAAGUUGAUCCAACUUUAACAUCAGCUCCAUUUGUUUCGUUAAAUAAUAUUAGUCAUUGUAAAGAAAAAGAAAAAGAGAUUCUCUUCUCGAUGC